AUGAGUAUACCAGCAUUACACGAUGCAAUUAUUAAUAACGAUUAUGAGAGAGUUAGUUUGUUGAUUGAAUCAGGAAAGCAUGCUCUUGAUGAAGGUGAUUUUGGAGGAUUACAACCAUUACACUUUUGUGCUCGUAUGGGACAUAUAAACAUGGCAGAGUUGUUAUUGAGCAAAGGUGCCAAUAUCAACGCAGAGAAUAACUAUGGAUCUACACCUCUACACGAAGCAGUCAGAAGAGGUGAAGUAGAGAUGGUACAAUAUUUAAUUAAAAAGAAUUGUGAUGUAGCUGCUGUCGAUAUAGAUUCAAACACUGCUUUACAUUUGGCUGUCAUGUGUGAAGAUGGUGAACUCAUCCCAAUGUUGCUCGAGGCUGGUGCACCUUUAUAUCUCAAGAACAAAGACGACGAAACUCCAAUACAAGUGACAGAGGAUCAGGAAAUUAUUGACUUUUUAAAAGAAUGGAUAGUGGAUCAUCCAAAUCAUUCAUCUACAACCAAGCCACCACCAACAACUACAAUACAAGACCAAGAAAUAAUUGAAUCUUUAAAUGAUGAUGGUGAUGAAAAAAUGAAAGAUUAA